AUGCUAAUAACUUUGAAGCACCCCAACACGUCUUUCUCCACCAGAUACAAACUACCAAUAUCUAAGCUUCUUCUUUUUUCUUCUUCUUCUUCAAUGUAAACCAAUGGGACUUGUGUAAAGCUGUGUGUAAAAGCCUGUGGAACAGGUAUUUAUCUUUCUUGGUUUUGGAGGUAAGUCAAAUGAUGCUAAUAACUUUGAAACACCACAACACUUCUCUCCACCAGAAACAAACUACCAAUCUCUAAGCUUCUUCUUCUUCUUCUUCUUGUUUUUUUUUUUUUUUUUUUUUGCAUGAAUAAUCUUUAAGCGUUUUCUGCUUUGUUUUUUCAACUCCAUCAUCAACCACUCUUAACAAACACACUACUUUAAACCAUUGUUGGCACUCACUUAGGCAGAGAAUGGCCCAAGAAGCUGGCUCCAGCAGCAGCAAUGGAUGUUUUACUUGUAUAGCUCGUGUCUUUCAGAUCAAGAAGACCUUCUACGCUCUCCUCAACAUCACCAUCCUCUGUGGCUGCUUAACAAUCCUACUCCUUCGUGGAACCAUUGGCAUUAGGAACCCCAGCUUCACUUACACUCUAGGACCCAAAAUCUCCAACUGGGACCAAGAGAGAAGCAAUUGGCUCAAUAAAAACCCUGAGUUUCCCAACUAUGUGAAUGGCAUAGCUCGGGUUUUGUUGGUAACUGGGUCACCUCCAGGACCUUGUGAUGCUCCAAUAGGUGAUCACUAUCUUUUGAAGUUCAUAAAGAAUAAGAUUGACUAUUGUAGAAUCCAUGGCAUUGAUAUUAUGUAUAAUAUGGCUAUUUUGGACGAGGAGCUUGCUGGGUACUGGGCUAAAUUGCCGUUGAUUCGAAGGUUGAUGCUGUCACAUCCUGAGGUUGAGUGGAUAUGGUGGCUGGACAGUGAUGCUAUGUUUACUGAUAUGAUAUUUGAGAUUCCACUUUCCAAGUACAACAAUUCUAACUUGGUUGUUCAUGGUUAUCUUGAGUUGUUUAACCAAAAGUCAUGGAUUGCAUUAAACACUGGGAGUUUUCUGUUGAGGAAUUGUCAAUGGUCUUUGGAUUUGCUUGAUGCUUGGGCUCAAAUGGGGCCAAAGGGGCCUAUUCGUGAUGAGGCAGGGAAGGUUCUGACUGCUAAGUUGAAAGGAAGGCCAGCAUUUGAGGCUGAUGAUCAAUCUGCAUUGAUAUAUUUGCUAAGUUCAAAGAAGGGCCAGUGGAUGGACAAGGUGUUUUUGGAGAACUCAUACUACUUGCAUGGUUACUGGGUGGGAUUGGUGGAUAGGUAUGAGAAAAUGAUGGAGAAGUUUCAUCCUGGAUAUGGUGAUGAGAGGUGGCCAUUUGUGACACACUUUGUGGGUUGCAAGCCUUGUGGAAGCUAUGCUGAUUAUGCCAUUGAGAAGUGCUUCCGAAGCAUGGAGAGGGCAUUCAAUUUUGCAGAUAAUCAAGUGCUCAAGUUAUAUGGGUUUGAGCAUAGAGGGUUGUUGAGUCCUGGUCUCAAGAGGAUCAGGAAUGAGACAACAAGGCCUUUGGAGUUUGUAGACCAGAUUGACAUAAGGCGUUUUGUGCUUGGACGCAGUAGUGGAUUGAAAUCAUGAGUAACCUAUUCUUCUUGUGCUUGAUAUACCGAGGGUGAAUACAUGUGACUGAACUUGAUGAAUUUGUUGACCAUCUAUAGCAGACUCUAAAAUUUUGGGACUAAGGUUAUUGUUGUUCCUAACGCAGAGGGUUAUGUAUAUUUAACUUUGGCAUAUCACUGUUAAUUCCAAUGCUACCAUCACAUAUUAGUCUGA